AUGUCCAGCUCCCUCACAUCCCUCCUGGCAUUACCGCUCCUGUGUCUCAUAUCAAUCCCCCUCAUCUUCUCUGCAUGGCUGACCCUCUCGGUCGCCCUAUUUACCCUCCUCCUACGAGCAUCCGUCGUCUACCUCGAAGUAGGCUACGCCCUAGUCAUUAACUUCUUCACCCUCCCCACUUCAACCUCUACAUCCUCAUUCUUACCCUUUGCGCCCUCCGAACCACCAACCCCAGCAGCGGGUAAUUCCCGCCGGAACUCAGCCUCGGCACAAGCACAAAGUCUCAUUCAACCUCGCCGAACAAAUACCACUCUCUCCUCCUGGACAUUCAGUGCACCCCAGGAUAAUCGUAACCGUGAUCAUGACCGCGAUCACGAGACCGACCGCUCAAGGCGCAAGAGCAAGAAAACGUACGCGCAGAGCAUGAUCCGAGCCCACGAUCUGCCCACCGCGCCCUUGCCCGUGAAUUUCACCGGCCUCCCCGUCAGCGGCGACAAGAGGCGCGACUUCGAAGGCGUGGGCGGCUGGCGCUCGUACCCGGAUGCUUUAUCUCGCGUCUCCAAGCCCCGCAGUACCCAGCAGGAAAAGCCGUUGAGCUCUUCUUCCUCGUCUACGCAUAGCCUUGUCGCUGAUGUCGGCGUGGGCGCCGGCGCCGGCGUAAAUAUCGACGCUGAUAUCGAUGCCGACGAGCGUGCAUGGCUAUCUCUGAAUCAUCGCCUGGAAUUGCCGUCCCGGGUCGUGUUGCUCGGAACCGGCUCGACGGCUCCCUCGAACGUCCCGAGCCCAGCACUCGCGCACGGGGAGGCCGCGGCCAAUGUCUUCGUGCCUGCAUUUCCGUCAGAUGUCUACACCCAGCCGGGACGAGAUCGUGAUCAAAGUGCGCGUAGACAUCAUCAUCGUUCGCAUACAACGUCCACGCUGACAACGGCUGAUCUGCGCACGGGCGGCGGUCUGGCUAUAUCGCUGUCGACGAGACCGGAUCAAUCUAGUCGGCCUGUUUCUCCUUCGUCUGUCCGACAUGCGCCUUUCAUGACUCCACAGCCGUAUUCGGUUGUGCAGACUCGGUCGAUGCGCCCGCUGACGACUAGUAAUGAGCCACAUACCACGGGCCACGGGCUGGGAGGUGGUGGGCUUAGUUCUGGGGGUUACUUUGCGCUGCCGCGGCCUGGUGGGUUGCCGGUGCCGUCGUUCUCGGCGGUGGUUAGUCCUAGCUCGAGUGGGCAAACGACGCCUGGGGCGGAGGAUCAUGGUUCUCCGUCGCAGUUGACGCGCUUUAUUGCACAUUAUCCUACUGGUGUGAGACAUCGGAGACGGAGUAUCUCUGGUCCUCAUGCGAGGCGCGUCUCUAUUGGCGAACGGCUAGCGUGA